UUAACAAUGAAAAAUAAGAAAGAACUUCUAUCUUCCUCCCCGUACUCCUCUACCCCUAUUCCCCACCAAUUACCCAGCAACCCUAGAUCGCAACCGCCAUCGACAUCAUCUUCAUCCCAGCAACCAGCAACCCAAAACCUUAUUCACCACCAAUUACCCGAGCAAAUCGCAGGCCGCGAGGCAGAGCACCGGUCUCACCUACAUUGCCCCCCGAUUCUAUGUCUCCUCUCCCGCACUGUUCCCCCGAUUUGGGUUCUGACGGAGGCGGCUGAUUCGAGUGGAUUCCCCCUCUUCUUCUUCUUCUUCUUCUUCUUCUUCUUCUUCUUGAAAAUCGAGUGGAUCUGCCAAGAAGAUGAGUAGAGGAGGAGAGCAGCGGAGCACCCAAGAAGAUGAGGUGUGGUAAGAAGCCAAGGGAUGUAGUCCUUGCUCUGGCAUCGGACUUCAGGGUCUGCUUGGAUCACCUUCGGGUCGGGUUCCUCGAUUUGGUCUCGCUCUCUCUGAAAAGCACGACGGAGGAAGACCAGAAAACUCCAGAUUCGCGAUUCGACAGCUCUUCCUCGAGUUCUCCUCAACCCAUAAACCCCAUCGCCGACUCCGCUGAAGCUUCCAUCUGUCACCCGCGCUGCUGCAAAUGGUCCAGCUUCGCUGCCUCCAGCUCGUCUUCUUAUUAGGAAAAGGAAAACGAGGAAGACGAAUCAGUUGUCUGGUGAUAGUUGGAUGUACGACGACGAGCAGUGGAAAGAAGAUGGAGGGCUAGGGGGAGUAGGAGUUAGGGCGGCAGCGAAAUGGACUAUGGAUUUAGAUUGUUGCCAGCGGGGGUGGAUGCCAACGAUGGUGAUAAGGGAAGCCCGAGUCUUCUGAUUUCUGUUACAACUAUUUUCUGUUCCUCUUUUCUUUCUCCACUACUCCUGUAAACCCUCCACUCACUAUAUCACGAUACAUUUGUAUGUAUAAAUACAUGAAUGAUCA